GUGGAACAUUUCGAUUAUUUGUAAAUCUGAAUCGAUCUAGUCUCAGUGAUGGAGCACCACCUGGACCAACACUAUCUUUCGCUGAUCCGUCGAUCUUUCUUCGGUAAAGAAACAACGUCAAUUUCACGGCCCCGUUGGACUUAGCAGAGAUCCAGUUUGAGGAUCGGUGGUUCCUCUCCAAAGAGACGACGUGUCUUCAUGUGAGAAAGACUUUCAGGGUGGGGAAUUUUCAACAAGAGUUUUGGGGUUCUUCAGCUCGGGGAUGUCGACGCCGAGUUUUCGUGAACGAUGGAACGUCCAGGCGUCGGAUAUCGCGACGAAGACGCACAACCCCAUACGAUCCAUCGUGGAAAAUCUCGUCGUCGAGCCCAACUCUACAAAAUCUAUGAUCUCGUUGUCCAUCGGUGAUCCUACUACGUUUGGUAAUUUAAAACCGCCGACUGAAGUGAUCGAUGCUGUUCAACAAAGUGUUGCUUCGCAAAUGUACAAUGGAUACGCACCCAGCACAGGUUAUCAAAGUGCAAAGGCAGCAGUGGCAGAAUACAGCUCCAACGAGUUCGUGAAAGUGGAACCGGAAGAUGUAAUCCUCUGCAGCGGAUGUUCCUGUGCACUCGAUCUCUGCAUAACAGCUCUGGCACGGGAGGGUCAGAAUAUCCUGAUACCGCGACCUGGUUUUUCGAUCUAUCGAACACUAGCAGAGGGUCUCGGGAUCACCGUAAAGCCCUACAAUUUACGUCCCGAACGCGGUUGGAUCGUCGACUUGGACGACUUGGAAUCGCAGAUCGACGAAUCGACGGCGGCCAUCGUUAUAAACAAUCCUUCGAAUCCGUGUGGGUCCGUGUUCACUCGGGACCAUACGCUUGACAUUCUCAACGUGGCCGCUCGUUACUUCGUACCAAUUAUAGCUGAUGAAAUUUACGAGCAUAUGGUAUUUCCAGGACGAACUUUCCACUCGUUGGCAUCAUUGUCGACCGAAGUUCCUAUUCUGUCAUGUAGUGGCCUAACAAAGAGAUUUUUAGUCCCUGGAUGGCGUAUGGGCUGGAUAAUCAUCCACGAUCGUCAAAACGUUCUGAAGAAGGAGAUACGGAAAGGUCUUCACUGCCUCAGCCAGAGAAUUAUCGGUAGCAACACGCUUAUACAGGGUGCGCUGCCUGCGAUUCUCAGGAACACGCCUCAAAAAUUUUACGACGACGUUAUGUGCACGUUACACAGCCACUCAAAGUUGGCGUACAACUGUAUAAUAAAGAUUUUCGGACUAAGACCAAUAAUGCCAGAUGGAGCUAUGUACAUGAUGGUUUACAUAGAUCUACCCUGUUUUCCGGAAUUUAAUUCCGACCUCGAGUUCGUGCAACGGCUACUAAUGGAGGAGUCCGUGUUUUGUCUACCUGGCCAGUGUUUCGAUUAUCCGUCCUACAUGAGGCUGGUAAUUACUGUACCGUUGGAUAUGUUGGAGGAGGCUUGUGAGAGAAUUCAGGAGUUCUGCGAGAGGCAUCACUAUAAGACGGCUGAGAACACGCGAAGGAACAGCUUGGACGACGCGGAAAUUCCCUACUGAAGGGGAAAAGUAAUUCAGCUUACUCGGCUAUUCAUACGAGCGCGUUAAUUACUCUCGACGGACCAUGCGUUAAGACAACGAUCCCUUGGAGAGGGCCGUGCCUUUUGAUCCGCCAUCUUCGUAUUCGCGGACGUGAAUGGUUUUCGUUUAAUGCAGUUUACCUUUAAGUAUGUAAUUAUGUACGUAAUAAAUGUUUUUCUUUUUACGGGAAACGUGAAUAUCUCUGUAUCUACAGUUAAGAACAAAAGUAAGUGGACAGAUGAACGUAACAUUUCAAAUUUGUUUUAAACAAUCGUCUGUAAUUUAUACACACUUCUCUAUCACGAUACUUUUCUUGUCAAUUAUUAACACUUUACAAUUAAAAGUUUCGAAAUAGUAUGUCCGUAUUAUCAUAAAUAUUUAAUAAGCUUGUCGAUUACUGUACACCAAUCAACAGUUACUAGCGUUUGGACUUUUAUUUAGUGUUCGUUUACUCACAUACAUAUGAAACGCUUUGUUUUAGUUUACUUAUGUAAAUACAACGAGAUUUUCUUUAUAUUAAUAACAUAUGUUCGAUUAAUAUUAAAAAGGAAUAUUACACAGACAUCGUAAUACUGUUAUUUCAUGUGAACCAAAGUUUGCGUAUCCAGAAGAAUAUAACACUAUGUCGGAUUUUAGAGGACAAUAAAUUUAGGAAAGGUUGUUGUAUUGGUAAAAGUAAUGAAUUAUGCAUACCCCCAGUGGACUCGUAGCAUAAUAGUUCAAUUUACUUCAUAUCGUGAAUACUUUCGGUACUUGAAACAGAUUUGUAUGAUUGUAUAUUCCGUUUGCGUUUGUAAUAAAUAAAAUUUAUUAUAAAAUUCGAGCACACUAACUCGUUACAGUAAUAAUAAUUCUUUUCUAAAAGUUUGCCCACGUCCAGUAAACUUUUAUAGACUAUUGGAAAUGUAUGACAUACUUGUUUCAAGCCCUAUUGAUCAUCCUACAUUGUCGAGACCAGAUUAAGUAGACACUUCAAGAAUAAAUGGAGAGCAUAAUUCCAAUAAAAUUUAAUACCUUCGUCUUUCCUACCGAAGAGAAAGCAAAUUUAUUCGCGAUUCACAGUUUAGUGAAUUUCAAUCGCAUUACCAUAUUUGCCUUUUAGAGCCAUCCAACUUCAUCCUUCACAACAUUCUCGUGUAUUCAAAAGCAACGGAUUUAUUUAUGUAUACCGUUUUAUAGUCAGAUCGAAGAAAGAAUCGGC